AUGCCUCCUCCCGAAUCCCGACCCCUCCUCCUCCCACAAAACCGCAAGCUUCGUCAUCUACGCGGCAUAUACCUUAGGAAUUUAAGCUUUGUCCGACCCCGGGGUCGCACCAUUGACGACACUCUCCUGAAUACCACACCCUCAAAGCUUGAUGCCCUCCGCGAUACCCCUCAGUUGCAUCAUGCUCUGUCCAGCGAUAACCUCCGCCCCAAGGCACGCCGAAGGAGCACUGCUUUGGCCCAGGCCAGCCCUGUGACGAGACAGCGCAUGCUUCAGUACACUGUUGACGGUAGAGCCGCCGAUGCGUUCUUUUCGCUGCACUGCGAGGGAGAGGAGGAGCCUGUUUAUAUCAGUGAGAUGAAAGAGCAUGCGACAAACUUCAACUUCCAGUUCUUUGAUCUGAACCACCAGGGCCCUUCCGUUACACGUUCACCAGUCUUCACAAUCAAAAUAUGGGCGAAGCGAACCUCUUGGACACUUCUUCUUGAAGACGUCGUCGACCUCCGAAGUCUACACUUCAUUGGGAGCCUUCAGGGCCACAAAUUCCCUCCAAAUGGCCUGAUCAUUCACCUCGCCGACGGCAUCUACUCACUAGACGUCCUCGGCAAGCCUGCGCAUCCAAAGGACAUUCCUCCGCUACAUACUUCCUCCUACAAUGCCCUGAUGAAGCUCGCGACGCUGGAUAACUCGAUUCAGGACGCCAUCGCGACACAAGAGCAGAUUACUUCGCAGAUCAAUGAUAUGCUCGAAACGACACCCCACAAUGAAGCACCUGCUGCCGAAGAGAAGGUGAAGCUUGCAAAGAAAUACGUAGCGCAGGAACAACGCGCACUCAAGGCAUCCGAGAAGCGCCGCGAGGAACUGCGCGAAUCUCUCAGAUCACGCAGGGAGGCCAUUGCAAAUGGCCGCGUUCUCCAGGAGAAGGCCGAGAAAGACGUCGCCAACGCGUUGGAGCACCUGUCCGCCUCCAAAACGCUUCUUAUUCAGACACAAGAACAGAUCCGGGGACAGCGCCGCCGCAUAUGUUCCGAUCUUGGCCAUAUUUACCAAAUCACCCCCAGCCCUUCCGGAGGCCCCCUCAAUUUCCAAAUUGCCGGUCUUCCUCUCCCUAAUUCAGACUACGACACUUCCGCUUCCCGUGGCCCAGAUGACGAUCUCCUCUCUGCUGCCCUCGGCCACGUGGCAGCUCUCACAAACAACUUGCAGUAUUACCUCAGUGUUCCUCUGCCUUACCCAAUCACUGUCUUCGCCUCGCGUUCCUCCAUCCGUGACGAUAUUUCCCUCUUGACCGACCUAAAUUCCGCUCAGGCCGCAAGACAACGCGACUUCCCACUUUUCAUUCCCCGUGGCGGGUCGACAGCCGCCCACUACCGUUUCGACUACGGCUGGUUUCUCCUCAAUAAGAAUAUUGAGGCCCUCUGUGCUAGCCAGGGUCUCAAGGUCCCCGAUAUACGCCAGACGCUUCCUAACCUCAAAUAUUUGCUGUACGUAUGCAGCGCUGGCACGGACGAGCUACCUGAUCGUAAGCGAGGUGGCGUCCGUGGCCUCUGGGCUGGGCGUUUGGUGGGACGUAUGCCAUCAUCCGUUAGAGGCGGCGAUGGGGAUACAAGCAGCGUUGGUGGCGGGAGUCGGCGCGGUAGCAACGAUAGCGAAUAUCUCAGCCGCCAGCGCGAUGAACUGCGGAAAGCGUUGGCUGCGCGGGAUGGUGCUGCGUCACCCGAUAUUGCGGCGUUCUCACCUGCCGGUCUCCCUUUCGACGAGCGUGAGAUGAAGAUGUCCUUGCGGACCAAGGGUCUGAGAGAGAACGUGGGAAGGUGA